UAACAAGCUCGUCCAGUGGUUGCCGCAUGUUGCAUCAUUGUUUGGUUUCACAAGAGUUUCUCCGGCUCUGCCCCUCCAUUUUCUGCCAGCGCGGAUCAUUGUAAAAAAGAGGUCCAUCCAACAGCUUUUCAGCUUCACCGUCACUACUCCGACAUACUCCUGCUGAACGUGCCUGCACAUCGUCCAGACAACCUAUAUCGCAUCCGGAGUUCUUGUCCUUUUCCGUGACAUCUCGAGUUUCACCGACUUGGACUCGAAUAUCGCUCAAGUUUUCUGCUCGUGGCUCAACUCACUGACCUCGAGCACCUUUAGAAAUCUUUUUCGCCGAAUCCUAAAGCACAUAUCCUGCACAAUGCCGGGCUUUUCGCAAGCCACCGAGCUCAAAGCAUGGCAAGCUCUGGUCGAGCACCACAAUGCCGUCGGCCGCAACAUUGUCCUCAAGGAAUACUUCCAGAAAGACCCUCAACGGUUCGAGAAGUUCAAGCGAGUCUUCAAGAACAACGCAGACAACACUGAAGUCCUGUUCGACUUCUCCAAGAACUUUUUGACUGAAGAAACCCUCGACCUCCUCGUCAACCUCGCCAAAGAGGCCAACCUAGAAGAGCUACGAGAUGCCAUGUUUGCCGGCGAGAAGAUCAACUUCACUGAGAAGCGAGCUGUUUACCACGUUGCCCUACGAAAUGUCACAAACCAGCCCAUGGCCGUUGACGGCAAGAGUGUCGUCGAAGAGACCAACUCCGUCCUGGAACACAUGAAGGAGUUCUCAGAACAAAUCCGAAGCGGUGAAUGGAAGGGAUAUACUGGCAAGAGAUUGACCACCAUCGUCAACAUCGGUAUCGGCGGGUCUGACCUCGGUCCAGUCAUGGUUUCCGAAGCCCUGAAACCAUAUGGCGACAGAGCCAUGAAACUGCAUUUCGUCUCCAACAUCGACGGCACUCAUAUCGCCGAAGCCCUGAAAGACUCCGACCCAGAGACCACCCUCUUCCUGAUCGCUUCCAAGACCUUCACCACGGCCGAGACCACCACCAACGCCACCACAGCCAAGAAAUGGUUCCUACAAUCCGCGUCGGAAUCCGAUGUCGCAAAGCACUUCGUCGCCCUCUCCACCAACUCCGAAGAAGUCUCCAAAUUCGGCAUCGACACCAAGAACAUGUUCGGCUUCGAAAGCUGGGUAGGCGGACGGUACUCCGUCUGGUCCGCCAUCGGCCUGUCCGUGUGCCUGUACAUCGGAUACGAGAACUUCCACCAAUUCCUGGCCGGCGGUCACGCCAUGGACCAGCACUUCAAGAGCACCCCUCUGCACGAGAACAUCCCAGUCAUCGCCGGCCUCCUGAGCGUAUGGUACUCAGACUUCUUCGGCGCCCAGACCCACCUCGUCGCCCCAUUCGACCAGUACAUGCACCGAUUCCCAGCCUACCUCCAGCAAUUGACCAUGGAGUCCAACGGCAAGGCCGUGACCCGCUCAGGCGACUACGUCAAGUACACGACUGGCUCGAUCUUCUUCGGCGAACCCGCCACCAACGCCCAGCACUCGUUCUUCCAGCUGGUGCAUCAAGGCACAAAACUCAUCCCAACGGACUUCAUCAUGGCCGCCAAAUCCCACAACCCCGUCGAAGGAGGCCUGCAUCAGCGCAUGCUGGCGUCCAACUUCCUCGCCCAGGCCGAGGCGCUUAUGGUCGGCAAGACACCUGACGAGGUCAAGGCCGAGGGUGCACCCGACGACCUCGUUGCCCACAAGACCUUCCUCGGUAACCGACCCACAACCAACAUCUUGGCCGAGCAGAUCACACCCGGCACACUUGGUGCUCUGAUCGCAUACUACGAGCACAUGGUCUUCACUGAGGGAGUUAUCUGGAACAUCAACAGCUUCGACCAGUGGGGUGUCGAGCUCGGCAAGGUCCUGGCCAAGAAGAUUCAGAAGGAGCUCGAGACGGACGGCGCUGGUGCCGACCACGACUCUUCGACCGCCGGUCUACUGGCGGCUUUCAAGGAGAAGAAUGGUUUGAAAUAGAUGCUGGAUACGCCAUGUUGAAGUGCUUAAGAGUCGGCCAGAAGGUCGAGCCUGAUACACUUGAGGUGUGCGUGACAUAUGCUGAAUCGGGUCGAGGGAUGUCAAUGUCAGAUUCGAUAUGAGUCUGGGCCCAUGUCAUUUAUGAUGGAGUAACUCCGUACAUGACCAUGAACUUUGGAUGUGAGAUACAACAAAAACAACACGAUUACAAUGCUCAAAUAUUUCAUUGA